UCUGCGAACGAAAACGUUGACUGCUUGCUUAUCCUCAUCCCAUUAACAACUUGCGAAGUAUAGCAACCUACCUCUUCUGCUUCAUCCACCAAACUUUCCCUUUAAAACAUUUCACCCCAUAAAUUCUCCAUUAAAGACACAAUCCACUCCUUAAUACCCCUUCCAUAAUUCCCCAAACCAAACACACAGUUAACUAACUCACCAACCCUCCCUCCAUUUCCCCGAGAAAAUUCCCGGAGAUCAAUUCACUCAGUAGAUUUUCCCGGAAAAUGGAAGGAGGUCGUCGGAGGAUAACGCUUUACGAUCAAAUGACAGCUGGUAACAGUUGCAGCAGCGGCAGCCGAGACUCACUAGCCAGCCUCAUGAUGGACGACGUAGUUUUCAAGAAGAUGGAAACCGAAGCGAGCGGCGAGCUGAGCCGAAGCCGAACUCUCCAAGACAUCAUUCGCGAAGAGAAACCUAACAACAGCAGCAACGCGACGGAUCGCAAUUCUUGGAAAGCCUUCAAGGAGAAGCUUUGGCUCAAGCGCGCCAUCGGCUCGGCUUGGUCCUCCGCCACCACUAUCACUAAUCACAGCAAUGAUGAUAGAAAUUUACCAAAUUUACCUGAAACUCGCCAUGACUCGGACGAGUUGACUCAGCAGAACGACGUCGUUGCGGGAGAGGCCAACGAUUCGGAACCGAUCGCGCGGUUCGGGUCACCGGUGGAACAGGUGGCAGCCGGCGGAGACUCCUCCGACGGCGAGAACAACCACGAGGCGGUGGUUGGCGUGUCGCUGAUGGACUUGCUGGAGGAAGCAGAGCAGGAAAUGGAUUUGUAUAGAGUGAGCGAUGAUGAUGACGUGGCAGAAUAUGAGAAGCGAGAAGGAGAAGGCGAAGAAGAAAAAGGGGGUGUGGUGGAGUAUAACUGCUGCGUGUGCAUGGUGCGGCAUAAAGGCGCGGCGUUUAUCCCGUGCGGGCACACGUUUUGCAGAAUGUGUUCGAGGGAGAUUUGGGUGAGCAGAGGGAACUGCCCUCUCUGCAACAAUUUAAUUUUGGAAAUUCUUGAUAUUUUCUGACCCCGGUAAUAAUUUUCAUCAAUCCUUCAAUUUAACCUUUUUAAUCUCUAUUUGAUUUUAUUUUUCUUUUGGUUUGGGGAAGUAAAAGGAAUUAGUGACACAUGAUUAUGAUUUGUAAUUAACAAAAAGGAAUUAGUGACACAUGAAUGUGUCAUGAUGAUUGGUUGGAGUCACAUGUAAGGGGUAUAUUAUGGAUGAUUUUAUUUGCACAAUUUCUCUCGAUCCUAAGGUUGUGUCACAUGCUUACCUCACGUGUUCAUGUGAUGAGAUGCUGUGUAUCUUCAUGUGAAUUCUAGCGUGCUUAGACGAGUGUACAAGCUAUGGAAUUAUAACUUCGAAUGUGAUUUACACGGUAGUAUAUAUUUAUCAUUUUUUUUUA